ACGGGGGGCGGGGCGGAGAGGAGAGAAAUAAAGGAAUCAAACCCAACUUCGCUGGCAACUUCGAUAAAUCUGGUAACAAGAGGCAAAAAAUAGAUUCCGAGGGCUGGGUCUGGUCCGGAUGGAAUGCUAGGUAGGGCUCCUUCCCAUGCCGGAGUCUGGUGCUGGAAGCCCGCCACUGGCGCCUUGCCACGCGAGUGCCCCCAGACGCAACACGCCCACUGGAAACGCACGUGAACAAAGCUCUCGCCGCUGGAGCCGCCGCCUGCGGUUUCCUAGUCAAUUCCAGCUUCUCUAGGGAGUGUAGGGCGCACACAGGGUUAAGUUAGUUCCCUCCCCUGUAGGAGGGAAAGGGGAGGAGGAGGGGGAAAGUAGCAAACUGUCUCAGGCAAGAUACCUUGUAGUUAGUUGUACGUCCGAAACCUGUCGCCGUCACUUGCGAGUUUGGCAUCUUCCAUCGUCGCCGCAGAGGAACAAGCGCUGGGAUAUCGAGUGGCCGCAAUCUCCGCGCCAGGCGCUGAGCUGCUCCUGCGCCGGAGUGCGUCUCUGGACCUCGGUCCCGGGUGUCAGGCAGCGGCGAGGCGGCGGCUCUGUGCCCGCCGCCGUGUCUACCCAGCUCCGGGACCAAGUUGGCAGUUCUCAACGAUGGGCAGGAGGGACCUUGGCGGCGACCCCUAAAACAAUACCAUGCCCCGGGAGUCCCGCUGCUGCCGCGCCAGCUUCUUUCCUUUCCAUCUCCCCGACCCUGUCGGAUUCGGAUGAUACCAUUGCCAAGAGACGCGCCGCCAGGCACAUUAUUUGCUGAUGGAGAUAUCUGAGGAGCCAGGGCCUUCCAGAGAGGAGAAAAGAAGACUAGAAUCAUAAGUCCUUAUUCAUUCUGUCUUCACAAAGCAGGAGCCACCUUAGUCUUCAUGGUUUGCACAUUGAAUGCAGCAAAGAGCAUGUGAAGAUUCCCUUAACCAAGAAGUUCAUAGUCUGAUCAACGCUGACCUGCCCUACCACAGAAGAAGAGAGUUCUGCCUGCCCAGUUGGGCCCCAGUUGACUGCUGAUAACUUGGCUUCUUGCCUGUGUGGGAAAUUUUCUCUACUGAUUUUCUUUCUCUCUCUCUUUUUUUUUUUUUCUUUUGCACAUGGAGGACAACACAGGCUGAUGAGACCAGAGACUGCAGAAGGAGGCUUUUACCACGAGCCUUUGGGACUUUUCCUGUAAUUGGAGUUCUGGACUUUGACAGAACCCGGUCCAGUCAGUCAUUUGGGUUUUGCUAUCUAUUCUUUUUUUUUUAAUUUCUUUUUCUUUUCCGCACCACAUCGUGUUUUUAUUUCCGUACUUCAGAAAUGGGCCUACAGACCACACAGUGGCCCAGCCAUGGGGCUUUUUUCCUGAAAUCUUGGCUUGUCAUUUCCCUGGGGCUCUACUCACAAGUGUCAAAAAUCCUGGCGUGCCCCAGCGUGUGCCGCUGCGACAGGAUCUUUGUCUACUGUAAUGAGCGAAGUUUGACCUCAGUGCCUCUUGGGAUCCCGGAGGGCGUAACCGUGCUCUACCUCCACAACAACCAAAUUAAUAAUGCUGGAUUUCCUGCGGAACUGCACAACGUACAGUCGGUGCAUACGGUCUACCUUUAUGGCAACCAGCUGGACGAAUUCCCCAUGAACCUCCCCAAGAACGUCCGAGUCCUCCACUUGCAGGAAAACAACAUUCAGACCAUUUCACGCGCGGCUCUGGCCCAGCUCUUGAAGCUCGAAGAGCUACACCUGGAUGACAACUCUAUCUCCACAGUGGGGGUGGAAGACGGGGCCUUCCGGGAGGCUGUGAGCCUCAAGUUGCUGUUUCUAUCCAAGAAUCAUCUGAGCAGUGUGCCUGUUGGGCUUCCCGUAGACUUGCAGGAGCUGCGAGUGGAUGAAAAUCGAAUCGCUGUCAUCUCAGACAUGGCCUUUCAGAACCUCACAAGCUUGGAGCGUCUGAUCGUGGACGGGAACCUCCUGACCAACAAGGGCAUUGCGGAGGGCACCUUCAGCCAUCUCACCAAGCUCAAGGAGUUCUCCAUCGUAAGGAAUUCGCUCUCCCAUCCCCCACCCGACCUCCCAGGUACGCACCUGAUCCGGCUCUAUCUGCAGGAUAACCAGAUAAACCACAUCCCCUUGACAGCCUUCGCAAAUCUCCGGAAGCUGGAACGGCUGGAUAUAUCCAACAACCAGCUGCGCAUGUUGACUCAAGGGGUCUUCGAUAACCUCUCCAACCUGAAGCAGCUCACCGCGCGGAAUAACCCUUGGUUUUGUGACUGCAGUAUCAAGUGGGUCACCGAAUGGCUCAAAUAUAUCCCUUCAUCUCUCAACGUGCGAGGUUUCAUGUGCCAAGGUCCUGAACAAGUCCGGGGGAUGGCUGUCAGGGAGCUGAAUAUGAAUCUUUUGUCGUGUCCCACCACGACACCCGGCCUGCCUCUCUUCACUCCAGCCCCGAGUACGGCUUUCCCCACAACUCAGCCUCCCACAGCCUCUGUCCCCAUCCCCAGCAGAAGCUAUACGCCUCCAACUCCUACCACCUCGAGGCUUCCCACGAUUCCGGACUGGGAUGGCAGAGAAAGAGUGACUCCGCCCAUUUCCGAACGGAUCCAGCUGUCUGUCCAUUUUGUGAAUGACACUUCGAUUCAAGUCGGCUGGCUCUCUCUCUUUACUGUGAUGGCGUAUAAACUCACGUGGGUGAAAAUGGGCCACAGUUUAGUAGGGGGCAUCGUUCAGGAACGCAUCGUCAGUGGUGAGAAGCAGCAUCUGAGCCUGGUUAAUCUGGAGCCCAGAUCCACCUAUCGGAUUUGUUUGGUGCCACUGGAUGCUUUUAACUACAGAGCUGUAGAAGAUACCAUUUGUUCCGAGGCCACCACCCAUGCCUCCUAUUUGAACAAUGGCAGCAACACUGCUUCCAGCCACGAGCAGACGACUUCCCACAGCAUGGGCUCCCCUUUUCUGCUGGCAGGCCUCAUCGGGGGCGCAGUGAUAUUUGUGCUCCUGGUCUUGCUCAGCGUCUUUUGCUGGCACAUGCACAAAAAGGGGCGCUACACCUCCCAGAAGUGGAAAUACAACCGAGGCCGGCGGAAAGAUGACUACUGCGAGGCGGGCACGAAGAAGGACAAUUCCAUCCUGGAGAUGACAGAAACCAGCUUUCAGAUCGUCUCCUUAAAUAACGAUCAGCUCCUUAAAGGAGAUUUCAGACUGCAGCCCAUUUACACCCCAAACGGGGGCAUUAAUUACACAGACUGCCAUAUCCCCAACAACAUGCGAUACUGCAACAGCAGUGUGCCAGACCUAGAGCACUGCCAUACGUGACAGCCAGAGGUCCAGCGUUAGAAAGGUGGACAGUGAGACUCUUGAGAACACACACGUGUGUGCACAUAAAGACACGCGAAUUACAUUUGAUAAAUGUUACGCAGAUGCAUUUGUGCAUUUGAAUACUCUGUAAUUUAUACGGUGUACUAUAUAAUGGGAUUUAAAAAAAAAGUGCUAUCUUUUCUAUUUCAAGUUAAUUACAAACAGUUUUGUAACUCUUUGCUUUUUAAAUCUUAAAAAAAAAAAAUAGUUGCUGAAGUACUGUACAGGGUUGUACAAAGAGAACCCAACGCCAAGUCAGAAGAAUGAGUGAUUCUUCCUUAUGAUGCACAUUGACCACUUUGCUGUUGAAGCUGUCAGAAUAAAUUUCCUUUCCUAGAGCUGGUCAGAUGAAAAGGCAGAUUAAAAUGGACUCAUCGGAGUAGGGUAAAUAAUAGGGGUCAAACAAGGAAUGGCCCAGAUAUCUUCAUGCUAUUUCUAUACUUCCUGGUCUGGAAGAAAAGUUAGAUAUUCCAAUAUAUAAGAAAGGAGGUAGUUACCCUGAUUUGACCCAAAACAGGAAAUGGAGAAAGCAUCAUGAGGAAGUCAGUUCCUGUGAGAUAAGUUAACCCAACCUGGCAGAAUCAAGAAAUCAAGAUGAGUUUUGAAAAGACCCUUAAACCUGGGGGUUGGCUUUCUGACUGGGGACGUAAAAAUCACUCCUCGCGCUUCCCUGGCCCUGUGUGAUAACAGAGUUAGAGACUUGAGUCUGAUUUUAGUCAUCUUCGGGGACAGGUAUGAUGUCCCAGCAAGAAAACUCCCUUUAAAAGUGUUACUAUUCAAAUCGUAUGUCAAGUUGAAUCACAUUCAACAGAGAUAUAUUCUAGAAUACUUUUUUUAGAAGAGGCUAAUAAAAUAAUGGGAAGAUUAUAUUGAAUGGAAUUAUUUUUGAUAAUGAGAAUUAUUUGGGUAGAUUCACUGCAGCUAUGUCAACAUGAUAUUUAGAGCAACAAGGCUUCAAUGUUUGGAAUAUACUAAAAUAACUUGUUACUUAAACAUUAUUGACACCAUUUAGACAAAAGCAAGUGACCAGUGGUUCUGCUAUACUAUGUCAAAUGCUUUUGUUAGUAUCAUGUUGAAAUAGCUUGAAUGAAUACCUUUAUCCCCUUGCAAAUUCUUGUCUUCCAAUCACCUCACAUAUAUUUUCGUAAUUAGCUGUUUAUGCUAUGUUUGUUUUUCUCCCCCUCUGCUCAAUUAUGGAUGCCAGUCUUGGUUGCACAAAAUAUUCACAUACACUUAGACACUUUAAAAUAUUGUACUAAUUUUCACUGGUAAUAAUUCUGUAAGGACACAUCAAAGCUGGCCGAAAUAAUGUAUUUUUUUAAAAGGCAGUAUCAAGUUUCCACCUUGGACUGACUUGGCUCUGUCCUAUUUUCAAAUUUUCAUUUAUUCCUUUUUAAUAUUGGAUGUUCCUCUACUUUGGGAACUGGAGAGGGAUAAUCAAUCUUAUAAUAACAGGAUAACAGAUGGAAAACGAAGAAGUCAGAGAGCCAGGAUUUGUUCUCCUGAUCUUGACAGAGCAGGGCACAGAGCAAAGGGCAUAGAGAAGAGAGGGAUGUCUGUGCUUCAUUCUAGAUAUUUUUGAAGCAAUGUCAGUUUUCAGAAGGCAUAUAUAAUUUACUCCUUUUCAUCCCUUAGAUGUAGAAGGGCUAUAGAUUACAUACAUUAUCUAAAAAAUACACCCUUGGAAAAUACUUUUCAAAAUCAAAUUUAAGCAUUUCACUCUCUGUUGCAUAUUUCCUUUACCACUGGCCAUUAUUUUAGGGAACCAUGAAGUUAAUAUCAUAAUCAUUUUGUGCUCUCUCUCUCUCUCUCUCAACAAAAUAGAACUGUGAUGUGUCUUCUUUGUAAAAGUUUAGGUAUAAAUGCUAUGCAAGUUUUUCUUUAUAGUGAGAGCUUUAUUUUCUUUAAUAAUAUACCCCCGACUUAAAAGUUUUAAUCUUCUUUGUCCCUCAGAAUAAGCAGAAAAUAUAACUGAAGAUAUAAUGUAGUAGACACAAGAAUUGAAACCGUGCAGUCAGUUGAGCUGAAAUUAGCUAUGAAUUAAUUUGAAUUAAUUAAUUCUACAGUGAUUUUGGUUUCCAUUUUAGUCUAUUAGCUAGUGAGUUCUGGCUGUUGCUUUUUAAAGCUAAGUCCACACAGUGAAGGAAUAAGACAAUCUGUGAAGGUGAUCGGUGUAGCAGUAAAGCCAUCUAAAAUUCAGGACAAUGACAUGGGGUUUUGUGUAUUUAUCUGGAUAAUUCCUUUCCACCCUCUUCCCCUUGGCUGUGUAGAUAAAACUAUGUGUUCAAAUGAUGGUACUUUGACUUUUGAGGUUCACCCCCCUUUUAUCCACAAAACAAUCAUUCUCAUUUUAUUUGUAUUAUGUGUAUAACCCCCAAUGGGAUAUUUGGCUGCUGAAAUAUCUUGCUCUGGGCCAAGAAGAUCAAGGUUAGAGAGGAGGUUUCUAUAAUGUCUUAUGGGAUUCACAGAACAUUUGGGGCUUAAGUGGCACAAUGGGGACCUAGCCAUAUGAAAUGGUUAGGAUGAUCUGAAAAGGUUCUUUUGCUAGAAGGUGUACCUGAAGAGAUAGACUCUAGUUACAGGCUUUAUUUUGAUCUGGUGCACAACGUGACUAAAAUGAAAAUCAGUCCCCCAUUUGUGAUAGCAUACCUGAGGCUCUCACCUACACCAUGAUAAAAAGCACAUCAUGGGAUUUUGUAAUGUGUCUUAGGAAAACCACUGAACAAUCAUCAGUGGUGGAUAUGCUUUGGUUGACAUUUUUAGUCAUGAGACUGUCUUUUGUUGGUAUAUCCGCCCUAUAUUUGGGCCUCUCUUGCUGGCGUUAUGUAUUUUGAAGUCUUUAGUCAAGAGUCAAGGUCGAAGGUGUAGGCCAAGACCAUGAAUGAAGCCAUGCUCAUUGGCUUAUAAAGAGCUUGCUGCUCUCUGACCAAAUGAGGUGAUUUGAGAUCACAUGUGACCACCAUGCAGAGGAAAUUAUAAAAGGAAAAGACGUAGGCAUGAUCACACAGAUAUUACUGACGGCAUUUAUAUCCACGAUUGUCAUUAAUACCUGCUUGUUUGGGAAGAAGUGUUUGAUCGUGGACAGACCCUGGGCUUUCCUCAAAACUGGCAAAUGCAUUAGCAGCCUAUCACAUGGGACGAUCACAUGUAGAGACAAGGAUUGUGUUCCUCUGCCUAUUUUCCUUGUGUAACAAGUGGGAAAUAUUCUACCCUGUGAGAAAUAAUGCAGUUUCUAAUUAUUUGGAUGUUGGUUGAAAUAUAUAGUAGACAUUUUUUUCCUGAGGAUAAAAAAAUGUAUAAUGUGACCAGUCUGGUAAAGAGUAUUGAAGAAGUAGCUAAUAAUACGGCUCCAUUUCCUACUACUGCAGAUCAUAAUGGUCUUAGUCAUUUCACCGGAGUCAGAACUUCCUUCCCCACUGAGGACAUGCUGUCCAUGUUGUGAGCAGAGCAUCCAUUCCAAACACAAGGCAAUAUUGUUGCCACCCACAGUGAGCAGGUGAGGCAUGUGACCAGCAGAGUUUAGCUGCAGAACCCAUUGUACCUUUGGACAGUGAAGUGGUUAAUUUUCGUUGACUUCUUUGUUUAUAGCAUUUUUCUCUAACCUUUACAAGGAGACAUUAACUUUUACUUUAGAACCAGAGAAUAAAGGUGUCGCUCCUGACUUACAUUUCCAGCUGCGUGGGAAAGCAAAACAGAAAAGAGCGGUCAAAUGGGAGAGACAUGUACAGAAAACAAACAGAAAGCCCUCUAGUUCUUAGUUUUGUCAGACCUUGCCAGUGCUCUUAUUUUUUAAGUCAAAUUGCUACUUUAGGAAGCUGUAGCAUACCUCCUUCUCUAAUUUCUUCAGGCAGAUCGAAAAACAAUGGGGGAUGCUUGUCACUGAUUGUGUGGAGAAAGUUUUGUACAUGUAUGAUACUGUUGUUAUAACAUACAAAUCAGAUUAUUUUGCUAAAGUUUUUGUUUUGUUUUGUUUUAUUUUGUUUUAGCAGCUCAUCCACCAGAAGAGCACAAAGCCAGGCCAUCGCAACAGGCAUUUCUAAGCUAGUGUGAAACAUACGUGUGUGCAUGUGCACACACACACACACACCACACACACACGCAUGCUGGAGUGCUUGUAAAGAUAUCUAUGAGAUGUAAGAUUUAUAACCUUUUCAAGACAAAGGUGAAGGUGUUGCCACUGCGUGUCCCUCAUAAUACCAGUAUAUCUUCACUGGAAACUAACCCAGAUGAUUUGUUAUUGUUUGAACCAUAUGUUGAUUUGCUUCUGGUUUGUGUUUAGUGCGUUCUCGCUGACAAAGAACUGCAAGGGGCUGGAAGAUUCUGCAUCACACAUCCUCUGAGACCUACCAUGUCACACACUUUGUUAACUACAAAUUUCACUCUACACUAUACAGUACCUUGUUGAUAUAUUCAGUAAAGGCUUAUUUUAAAAGAAAAACA